AAUUAAUGAUAUCUUGUUUUCUUUUUGUCAGAUGGCAGAAGGAGAUAAGAAGGUGGUGGCCAAGAAGAAGCAUGGCAGCCGUAACCCCGUCCUGGUGCGGGGCAUCGGCCGCUACUCCCGCUCUGCCAUGUCUGUCCGCCGUGCCAUGUACAAGAGGAAGACCAAGGCAGCGGUGACCAAGGUUGAGAAGAAGCUCAAGGUUAAGGCCCCUACCAAGGCCACCAAGCCAGUCGGUGGAGACAAGAAUGGAGGCACCCGUGUGGUCAAGCUGCGCAAGAUGCCCCGCUAUUACCCCACAGAGGAUGUUCCCCGCAAGCUGAGGAGUCAUGGCACCAAGUGCUUCAGCAAGCACACCCGCAGGCUUCGUCGCACCAUCACCCCCGGCACCGUAAUCAUCAUGCUCACAGGACGCCACCGCGGAAAGCGCGCGGUCUUCCUCAAGCAGCUGGCUAGUGGUCUCCUGCUCGUCAGUGGUCCCCUGGCCAUCAACAGAGUGCCUCUGCGCAGAGCUCACCAGAAGUUCGUCAUUGCCACUGCCACCAAGGUGGACAUCUCCACCAUGAAGAUCCCCAAUAACCUGACGGAUGCCUACUUCAAGAAGAAGAGGCUGAGGAAGCCCAAGCAUCAAGAGGGCGAGAUCUUUGACACAGAGAAGGAGAAGUACGCAGUGACGGAACAGCGCAAAGAGGACCAGAAGGCUGUCGACUCCCAGUUGCUCCCUCUUGUCAGGAAGGUCCCACACCUGAAGGACUACCUGCGCUCACAGUUCUUCUUGUCCAAUGGGGUCUUCCCACAUAAACUGGUCUUCUAAGUGAACUCCAAUAAACGCUGUCUUUUUCCAACUGA